AUGCACGCCCUACACUCACCCAUGCACGCCCUACCCCCCACCCAUGCACGCCCUACCCCCACCCAUGCACGCCCUACACUCACCCAUGCACGCCCUACCCCCUCGCCAUGCACGCCCUACCCCCUCACCAUGCACGCCCUACCCCCACACCAUGCACGCCCUACCCCCUCGCCAUGCACACCUUACAUCCAUGCACGCCCUACCUCCUCGCCAUGCACGCCCUACCCCCUCACCAUGCACGCCCUACCCCCACACCAUGCACGCCCUACCCCCACCAUGCACGCCCUACCCCCUCGCCAUGCACACCUUACAUCCAUGCACGCCCUACCCCCUCACCAUGCACACCUUACAUCCAUGCACGCCCUACCCCCUCACCAUGCACGCCCUACCCCCACACCAUGCACGCCCUACCCCCACCAUGCACGCCCUACACACCUUACAUCCAUGCACGCCCUACCCCCUCGCCAUGCACGCCCUACCCCCCUCACCAUGCACGCCCUACCCCCUCGCCAUGCACGCCCUACCCCCCUCACCAUGCACGCCCUACCCCCUCGCCAUGCACGCCCUACCCCCCUCACCAUGCACGCCCUACCCCCACACCAUGCACGCCCUACCCCCUCACCAUGCACGCCCUACCCCCUCGCCAUGCACGCCCUACCCCCUCGCCAUGCACGCCCUACCCCCUCGCCAUGCACGCCCUACCCCCUCACCAUGCACGCCCUACCCCCUCACCAUGCAUGCCACUGCGACUGCACCUUUUGCCUCGGGUAA